AUGCUGAUGAAAGUUACUGAAGAUGGUGGAAUAGAAUGGUGGUACUUGGAUACAGGGUGCUCUAAUCACAUGACAAGCCAUUUAGAAUGGUUUUGUGAAAUUGAUAAAACUGUGAGAAGAAAGAUUAGAUUUGGUGAUGGUAGUUAUGUCAUUGUAGAAGGUAUUGGAAAGGUAGCCAUUAGAAGGGAAGAUGGAACAAAAGUAAUAGUGAGUGAUGUACUUUAUGUUCCACAAAUGAAGAGUAAUUUGCUUAGUUUGGGGCAAUUACUAGAGAAGGGUUAUUCAAUGAAUAUGAAAGGGAAUUACAUGGAAGUAUUUGAUAGCAAAGAGAAGGUAGUAUUGAAAGUGUCUAUGUCAAGAAAUAGAACUUUCAAGGUUGGUGUGAAUUCUAUUGAUAAAAUAUGUCUAAUUGCAUAA